AUGAAGUGGUUUUUAUUUGCUGUUUCAUCCUUAAUUGUGGCAAUAGUUUCUGGACAAUCAGAUUCAGAACCCCCAGAUGCAUCGACGUCAGUGACAGUCACCACAGUCCAGGGCACGGUGAAGGGAUUUAAGGCAUUGGAUGGUGAAUAUUUUCAGUUCUACGGCAUCCCUUACGCUGAUUCUCCUGCUGGGGAACAUAGAUUUAAGGCACCUAGAGCACCACCGUCAUUUGAAGGUAUAUUUACUGCAAAUCAAAAAGAUAUAAAAUGUGUAAGAGCUUUAGGCGUUGGAUACGAAGUUGAUCUAAUCACCUUAUCACCUAUGGCAAAUGGUUUGAUAAACAAAGCUAUCGCUCAAAGUGGCAAUGCUGUGGCACCGUGGGCGGUAUCAAGGGAUAACUUGAAAUAUGCAAUACAAAUUGCUGAAUCCCUUGGUCAUAUAAUAACCGAUAUUGAUGAAUUAUCAGAACUUUUUACAAGAAUAAGUGCAGCGGCUUUAAUGGGAGCUAUCAACGAGCUCGAUAUACUUAACAAUGCUUUAGCUUUUGCUCCUUGUGUAGAACGAGAAACGUUAGAAAAUUCUGAACCUUUUCUUACUCAAACCCCAUCUCAAAUUCUGGAGACUGGCAGUUUUUCGAAGAUUCCUUUUAUUACUGGUUUUGUGGACACUGAAGGAACUAUUCGUGCUCAAGUAGCCUUGGAAGAUGAUUGGUUACAAAGAAUGAAUACGGAAUUCGAAAGUUUUAUACAGUCUGACUUACAGUUUGAAAGUGAAGAAGAAAGGUCUGAAAUUGCGAAUAAAAUAAGAAAAUUCUAUUUCCAGGAUGAUGAAAUUGAUUUAUCAACUAUUGGCGACUAUAUUGCAUAUCAUGGUGACACCAUGAUAUUGGUUUCAAGUAUUAGAAACGUUAGAGCUCGAGCAAAGGCGUCAUCUCCCUCAACUUAUUUAUACCAAUUUUCAUACAGAGGAGCAAAAGUCGAACCUUCUGAGAACCCUCUAGAAAUAGAGACGGCUGGUCAUGGUGAAGAAUUAUUAUAUCUGUUUCACGGCAAUCCUGAAGGAGCAUCAAAUACUGAUUUAAAUAUUGCACAAAUACUUGUAGAAAGAUGGACCAAUUUUGCAAAAACUGGUAAUCCAACGAGUGAAACGUCAUCUGAGAUUUGGCAACCAUUUACUACGAAUAAUGGUCACUACCUCCGCAUUCUUGCUUCUGAUGAAAUACAAGAUACAGAAAGUGCACCUCUACAAAUGCCAUUCAGUACCCCUCAUCCGCAAACUUUAACAUUUUGGGAUGAAAUAUACAGCAACCACUUUCAGGACGCUGAAAGUAACUGGAAUUUAAAUGAAAGAGAUGAACAAGACACUACCACUUCUGAACCCGAAGAAGAUUAUUCUACCACUUCACCACCCGACAAUGAUACUACUGACGCACCCGAUUCCGCAUCAACAGUUGUUGGAUACACUUUCUUAAUUAUGACUCUAUUUUCUAUUUUGAAUAGAUUUCACUUAUCAGUAUUAGUCUCCCAUCCAACAAGUGAAACAUCGCCUCAGGUUUGGCAACCAUUUACGACGAAUAACAGUUACUACCUCCGCAUUCUCGCUUCUGAUGAGAUACAAGAUAUGGAUUAUGCAUGUUUGGAAAUAUGUUUGGUAAACCCUCAUCCAGAUACCUUAACAUUUUGGGACGAAAUAUACAGCAACCAACGUAAAGAUGCUGAGAAUAAAUUUAGUUUGAACAAAAGAAGAGAAGCUUUACAACUCUACAAUGAAGAUUCUAUCACUCUAAGACCAAAUGCAGCCCAAAUUACUUCCGAUAAUAGUGACGAAAUUCUUACCUCUUCAGGAUCCGAUGAAGAUGACCGUAUCACUUCAGGACCAGAAGAAGGAGGUUUUUUAACUCUAAGACUUGACAAUAAAAGUUUUAUUACUUCAGACCCUGGUGAAGAAGAUUCUGGCACUUCAGAACCUAACGAAAAAGACCUUACCACUUCUACUUCAGGACGAGACGAAGAAAACUCUACUAGUACAGAACCUGACGAAGAAGAGUCUGCAAGUCCGAGACCUGACGAAGAAGACUCUGCACGUCCAGGACCUGACGAAGAAGACUCUGCUAGUCCGGGACCAGGUGAAGAGGAUUCUGCUACUACAGAAUCCGAUGAAGAAGAAUCUACUAGCCCAGGACCUGAAGAAGAAGACUAUACUAGCCCAGCACCCGACGAAGAAGACUCUACCAUUUCGGGACCUGACGAAGAAGACUCUGCAAGUCCGAGACCAGACGAAGAGGAUUCUGCCACUACAGAACCCGAUGAAGAAGACUCUACUAGCCAAGGACCUGAAGAAGAAGACUCUACUAGUCCAAGACCCGAUGAAGAAGACUCUACAAGUCCAGGACCUGACGCAGAAGACUCUGCAAGUCCAGAAUCUGACGAAGACUCCACUAGUCCGCGACCAGAUGAAGAGGAUUCUGCCACUACAGAACCCGAUGGAGAGGACUCUAUCACUUCAGGUCCCAAUGAAGAAGACUCUUCUAGUCAAGGACCUGACGAAGAAAACUUUCCUAGUCCAAGACCCGAUGAAGAGGACUCUGCAAGUCCAGGACCAGACGAAGAGGGUUCUGCCACUACAGAACCCGAUGGAGAGGACUCUACCACUUCAGGACCCGACGAAGAAGACUUCACUAGUCCGCGACCAGAUGAAAAUGAUUCUGCUACUACAGAACCUGAUGAAGAAGACUCUACUAGCCCGGGACCUGACGAAGAAAACUUUCCUAGUCCAAGACCCGAUGAAGAGGACUCUGCAAGUCCAGGACCAGACGAAGAGGGUUCUGCCACUAUAGAACCUGAUGAAGAAGACUCUACUGUCCCAGGACCUGGCGAAGAAGACUCUGCAAGUCCGAGACCAGAUGAAGAUGAUUCGGCGACUAUAGAACCUGAUGAAGAAGACUCUACUGUCCCAGGACCUGACGAAGAAGACUCUGCAAGUCCGAGACCAGACGAAGAGGAUUCUGCCACUACAGAACCCGAUGAAGAAGACUCUACUAGCCAAGGACCUGAAGAAGAAGACUCUACUAGUCCAAGACCCGAUGAAGAAGACUCUACAAGUCCAGGACCUGACGCAGAAGACUCUGCAAGUCCAGAAUCUGACGAAGACUCCACUAGUCCGCGACCAGAUGAAGAGGAUUCUGCCACUACAGAACCCGAUGGAGAGGACUCUAUCACUUCAGGUCCCAAUGAAGAAGACUCUUCUAGUCAAGGACCUGACGAAGAAAACUUUCCUAGUCCAAGACCCGAUGAAGAGGACUCUGCAAGUCCAGGACCAGACGAAGAGGGUUCUGCCACUACAGAACCCGAUGGAGAGGACUCUACCACUUCAGGACCCGACGAAGAAGACUUCACUAGUCCGCGACCAGAUGAAAAUGAUUCUGCUACUACAGAACCUGAUGAAGAAGACUCUACUAGCCCGGGACCUGACGAAGAAAACUUUCCUAGUCCAAGACCCGAUGAAGAGGACUCUGCAAGUCCAGGACCAGACGAAGAGGGUUCUGCCACUAUAGAACCUGAUGAAGAAGACUCUACUGUCCCAGGACCUGGCGAAGAAGACUCUGCAAGUCCGAGACCAGAUGAAGAUGAUUCGGCGACUAUAGAACCUGAUGAAGAAGACUCUACUGUCCCAGGACCUGACGAAGAAGACUCUGCAAGUCCGAGACCAGACGAAGAGGAUUCUGUCACUACAGAACCCGAUGAAGAAGACUCUACUAGCCAAAGACCUGACGAAGAAGACUCUACUAGUCCGCGACCAGAUGAAGAUGAUUCGGCCACUAUAGAACCUGAUGAAGAAGACUCUACUGUCCCAGGACCUGACGAAGAAGACUCUGCAAGUCCGAGACCAGACGAAGAGGAUUCUGCCACUACAGAACCCGAUGGAGAGGACUCUACCACUUCAGGACCCGACGAAGAAGACUCCACUAGUCCGCGACCAGAUGAAGAUGAUUCUGCUACUAUAGAACCCGAUGAAGAAGACUCUACUAGCCAAAGACCUGACGAAGAAGACUCUACUAGUCCGCGACCAGAUGAAGAUGAUUCUGCUACUACAGAACCCGACGGAGAGGACUCUACCACUUCAGGACCCGAUGGAGAAGACUCUGCAAGUCCGGGACCAGAUGAAGAUGAUUCUGCCACUAUAGAACCCGAUGAAGAAGACUCUACUGUCCCAGGACCUGAAGAAGAAGACUCUGCAAGUUCAAGACCAGACGAAGAGGAUUCUGCCACUACAGAACCCGACGGAGAGGACUCUACCACUUCAGGACCCGAUGGAGAAAACACUGCAAGUCCGGGACCAGAUGAAGAUGAUUCUGCCUCUAUAGAACCCGAUGAAGAAGACUCUACUAGCCAUGGACCUGACGAAGAAGACUCUGCAAGUCCGGGACCUGACGAAGAAGACUCUACAAGUCCAGGACCAGACGAAGAAGAGUCUACCACUCAAGGUCCCGAGGAUGAAAACUCUACCACUUCAGGACCCGACGACGACGAAAUGUAUACGAGUACAACUCUAGAACCUAACGAAAGUGUUUCUACAACUGAAGCACCCGGUUCUGCAUCAAGAGUUGGUGGUUACACUUUCUUAAUUAUGACUAUAUUCUCCAUUUUAGAUAAAUUUCAUUCAUCAGUAUUAGUCUACUAG